AUGUCCGAUUUCGACAGGGUGAACGUUGUGAGCGACGUUGAGGACCAAUCGUUCCAAACGAAGCGGUCCCUGUUGAAGAAGAUGGUUCUAGCAGUGGCAGCUAUGGUCGUUUGUGUUGGCAUUUUUGCUCUGUCCACGAAUGGCUUCAGCCGCAGCUGCAGCAACCUUGGGGCCUUGCAAGGAAAGUCUGCGUUGGAUUUGGACGCUGCCGUCCGCACCACGAGUCAAAAGCUCAUUCAGGCCACACAGAAGAACCAGACGUUGGCUGAUGAGAUGAUCAUGAAGACCAUGGUGAAGGCGGGCCAUAAGGUGCGGGACCAGUGGGAGAAGCACCACAUCCGCAAGUUGGACACGCUGACGACCAUCCGACGCUGGAAAGGUGAAAGGAUUCCGCCAAAAGCAAAAGGGCUGCUCGCUGGAAGGCAAGAAUGUGUCUUCAACAUCUUAGAGGCAUUUGUCUCAGCAGUUGGCAUGGGUGAUGACAUCAAUGCCAUCAUUCGCACUUGCCCUCCACCUCGUGAUGGUGAGUCUGAGUUGGCUUGCCAGGUGAACGGUGCCAUCCUGGGUGCUUGGGUUGGAAACCUUGCUACCAAGCUGGCCUUGGCAGCUUCCAAUUGUGCCUUGAGCAUCAACGUGGACGCCAUUUGCUCUGCAGGCAUCACCGGCUUGGUGUCAGGAUUGGGGGAGAUUGCAGCUGGAGCUUCUUUGGGUGCGGCCACAUGUACCGGAACUCCGCCACAAUUGACCACCACGAAGAUCAGCGUCCUGGGUGAUCAGACCGUCCGGGAUGGCCGACGUUUGUUGAUCGGAGAAGGUCCAGUCGGCAACGGUGUGCAGUGUGGUGUGGAUGUGGGCAUGGUGGCAGCCAACAUCGCAAACAUGGGACUUGCCAUCAACAAGGCCGUGAAUGUGAACAAGUGCAAGGCAAGCACUUUCCGCGUCCCCAUGAAUGUGCUCAAGGGCAUCCCAGAAGCACUUUGCACCGUCGACAUCGGUGGUGCUGUGGCCUACAUCGGUCAGGUUGUUACCUUCAUCAAUCUCAUUGUGCUUCACUGCCAGGACUUUUUGGAUAUCAAUGCACUUUGCGCCGGUUCCAUUGCUGCCAUCACUACCGGCGCAGCCGCAAUUGCACCCUAUGGCGCAGCGGUGCACGCGGCUUGCUGCUACGGCCAUUUCUUGAAGACACCCAAGGCUCAACAGCAGGUCGCAAAAUUGUGGAAUUCCCCAGGCUAUGAUCCAGUGGCAGGCAUUCCCCCUCGCCGCUUGGAGGAAUUGGAGGAAGAGACUGCCCAGAAACCUUUGAAGGAAAGUUUGGAUCAAAUUGCGGCCAAUCGCGAGAGUUUGGAGCAGCUCAAGAAGGUGAUCGAUGUUCCCAAGCCAGGCAACACAGAGGCAGACAUGGAGACUCUCUUGAACCUCAUGGGCGAGGAGAAACCGCGCGUGCAAGCGGCAAUGCGCUUUGCGCAUGAA